AUCGUAUGGCAAAGGAUAACACAUCCCCUCCCCUCCCCCUUUUUUUUAACCAGCCCUUUUUCUUUCUUUUUCAUUCGACUGAGCAAGUGAAUGACUCGAUGGACAAAUUAAAGGAAUUGAGUUCCAAGGCUGAAGACCUUAUUGAUCGCGUUGGGCAACCAUUGAAACCCCAUAUUCCCCUCAUUGCCCGAUUCCUCAUUGUCGCUACGUUUCUGGAAGACACACUCCGUAUUUUCACACAAUGGUCUGAUCAAGUUCAGUUCAUGCAAGACUUUCGACACUUUCCAAAAGGCUUGAGCCAUCUUUUCCUCGGCCUGAAUAUCAUCACCAUGAUGGCAUGCUCGGGUUUGAUUAUUGUCAAGAGAUACCAAGAAUAUGCUGUCUAUGGAUUACUGGGAGUUGUCAUUGCCCAAGGUCUAGGUUAUGGAUUGAUAUUCAAUUUAUCAUUUUUCUUGCGAAAUCUAUCGGUGAUGGGCGGUCUUCUCAUGGUAUUGUCGGACGCACUUCCCAAAGGGAAGCAAAUGUUUGCUGCUCUUCCACAAUUGUCAGAGAGCAAUCGGCGUACUUAUCUACAACUCGCGGGACGAAUUCUACUGAUCUUUUUGUUUGUUGGAUCCGCGUUUCAUGGUGAAUGGUCAUGGAUGCGCGUCUUUGUGUCAGUGUAUGGUCUCGUUGCAUGCGUCAUGGUCGCGGUGGGUUUCAAGGCCAAAUGGUCGGCGAUGUUUCUGGUUCUCUUUCUCUCGGUAUUCAACAUUUUUAUCAACAACUUUUGGUCGGUCACACAUACCCAUCUCAAGCGCGACUUUUUAAAGUACGAUUUCUUUCAAACUUUAUCCACUGUGGGAGGAUUUUUGCUUUUGGUCAGCACAGGCCCUGGUCUUUAUUCGGUAGAUGAGAAAAAGAAGGCGUUUUAAGUAGCUUGACCUAGUUGUACUGCUCCAUGUCAAAAAUAUCACAAAAAAUUUAAAAUAUAUCAACAUAUGAUUCCUCUCAAGUAAACCUUGAAAAGAAAAAUGAUAGGAUUUAGCCUCUAAAAUGUGAAUCCACAUCCUUGAUACUAUUGUCAUUUGUCAAUGUUCUUUUAGAAUGGGUGAGUGAUUGGUGGUGGUUCCAGAGCAAGUCUGAUUUUGUUGGUACCGUUGCCGAGCGUCUCGUAUUUAUGUGUGAAUUUGUAGUCAUAUUUCACUUGGAUAUCUGGCAAAAAAAAAAAUCAUGUAGAUCAGCACUAUAUUAUGCAGGU